CUGAACACUAACCUUAUAAAAUAGCAGAAGAAGACGACAUAUUGGACUGGAAAAGCAACGAACUGACACUGGGAUUUAUGCGCGUGGCCGAAUUCAACCGCAGUUUUUCAGAACUACACGUGAAACUGCUUAUGUGAUUCCUCUAGAAGUGAUGUCUCUGUAUCACUGAAGUGCAGGAAACUUGUGAAACAUGUCGUUGUUUCGUAAGCCGAAAAGGAUUCAAAGGCGCGUAUUUUGCGUUGAUGAUGAUGAUGAUGGUGAACCUGAGCCGCCACCACCGCCGGUCAUCAGUCACGCUAAGAAGGAGAACAAACCGGUCAAGAGCACUCCACUUCUAAGUUUUGCUGAUGAAGAGGAAGAUGGUGAAGUGUUUAUUGUGAAGAAGUCAUCACAAAGCAAGAGACUGGCCAAGCGUCGCGACCGGGAGAAACGACGCGCCAAUGAUAGUGAUAUUAACAAAUAUGACAACCACAGCAACAACGAGGAAAAGGAUUCACCGAUCAGCGCCGAUAAACAAGAAAAAACAAAAAAGAAGAAAGCUAGUUUGGAAGGACUAAUACUGUCUGGGAGGGAAGCGCUGGCGGCCGACGGGUCGGGCGAUGUGUCGGGCAGCGAGGAGGAGGCGGAGGAGCCGGAGGAGGAUAACAGGGGGUUCCACCGGUACCGCGCCGAGACCGUGCGCGCGGCGCUGGCCGUGGCGCCCGGCCACAUCCCCGACGCGGCGCUCAUCCACGCGGCGCGCAAGACGAGACAGCAGGCGCGCGAGUGCGGGGACGUGAUCCCCUUGGCGUCGGAGGCGGCGCCGGGCUCGCGGCUGCAGCGCGACGACGGCUCGGGCGACGACGAGGAGGGCCGCCUGCUCGUGCGCGGCCUCGACCUGCCCAGCGACAAGCCCAAGCGUGGGACGACGGCGGCGUCGGCGGACUCUGAGCUGGACAGCGAGGGCGAGGAGUGGGCGGCGCAGCAGCUCAACAAGGCGCGCGGCGCGCUCGCCGACGGACCGGACGGCACGGAGGCGGGGCUGAACCCGUUCGCGGUGGCGCCGCCGCCGCCGCCGCGGCUGCAGGAGGCGCACCUGCGGCCGCUGGCCGCGCCCGCGCAGCCGCCGCCCGCCACGCCGCAGGCGCUACUCGACGCGCUCACUGACAGGUUGCACGAAUUAGAGGCGGACCGGUCUUCGACCCUGGCAAAGAAGGAGUCGUGGUCGGCGCGGCUGGAGGCGGCGGCGGCGACGCGCUCGGCGUGCGGCGCGCGCACCGGCGCGCUGGACGCGGCCUACCGCCGCGCGCAGGCCGCCCGGGGCUUCCUCACCGACCUCAUCGAGUGCCUCGAUGAAAAGUUGCCGCUGCUGGAGGCGCUCGAGGCGCGCGCGCUGGCGCUGCACCGGCGCCGCUGCGAGUUCCUCACGGAGCGGCGCCGCGCCGACGUGCAGGACCAGGCGCUCGACACCCUGGCGCCCGGUCGCGCGGGCGCGCUGAAGCCGGCGGACUCGGAGGAGAAGAUCCGUCGCACGGCGGAGCGCGAGGGGCGGCGGCGCGCGCGGCGGCUCAAGCGCGAGGCGGCGGCGGCGGCCGGCGCGCCGUCGCCGCGCUCGCACCGCGACGGCGACUCCAGCGACGACGACCUGCCGCCCAGCGAGGAACACUACUACCGCCAGGAGAAAGAGAGUAUCCGCGCGGCGGCGGCGGCGGUGUUCGCGGACGCGCUGCCGGCGUGGCGCAGCGCGCGCGGCGUGUGCGCGCGGCUGGCGCGGUGGCGGCGCCGCGACCCCACGCUCUACGCCGACGCCUACGUGGCCGACUGCCUGCCCAAGCUGAUCGCUCCCUACGUCAGGCAUCAGCUUAUUCUUUGGAACCCACUCGCAGAUGAGGACAAUGAAGACUAUGAAAGGAUGGAUUGGUACAAAUGGUUAAUGAUGUACGGAGUUCGGAACGAGAAGCUGUCGAGCGAGUCGGAGCAGUCAAGCGAGGAGGAGAGCGUCGGCGGCGGCGGCGUGAGCGAGGACGGCGUGCGCGCCGACCCCGACCUGAUGCUCGUGCCCGCCGUCGUCUGCGGGGUCGUGCUGCCCAAGCUCGCAGAGCUGGUUGACGCCGCAUGGGACCCCGUGUGCGUGCGCGCGUGCGUGCGCCUGCGGCAGCUGAUGGUGCGCGCGUGCGCGGUGCCCGGCGCCGCGGCCGCCAUGGCCCGCGUGGCGGCGGCGGCGCGCGCGCGCCUGCAGCGGGCGCUCAACGGCGACGUGUUCCUGCCGCCGCUGCCCACCAACCAGGCUCUUGACGGCGCGAGCGGUGCAUUCUGGCGGCGCUGCCUGGGUGCGGGCGUACGGUUGCUGCGCGCCGCGCUGGCACUCACGUCGCCACCGCCGCUGCUGCGCGCCGAUGACGUCGCGCUCUCCCUCAUAGAGACGCUGAGUACAGCAGCGGGCGCGUCCGCCGGGCCGGCGGCGGCGGCGGCGGCCGCGGCGCUGGCGGAGACGCUGCCGCGCGGCACGGGCGAGCUGCGCGCGCGCGCGCUGCGCCGCCUCGCGCGCCUCGCCGCGCUCGCCAUCGACCGCCUCGACCAAGCCAACCCGCUCCACAUGAAAGCUGUAGAACAAGCCAAAGCAGUGAUAGCAGAGGCCAAGACGUCAGAGUGACGGCGAUCGCGCGCGGCCACGGGCGGCGCCGGCUCGGGCUCCACCUACCAGGCAUGCGGACCAAGUCGACAUGCUUUAACACGAACGAUCCAAUCAGUUGUAGGUAUAAAUGUGACGUUUUAAACGGAAUGUCUCCGAGACAUCUCAUUUUAAUCUCAAAUCGUGCGG